CCUGUCGGAUCGCAAGUUACGACAUUUUGAUCAACGGGAGCUCGCUGGCUGUGAAGGUUCUCCCUUUCGCGCGCUCGGCCAAAUACCAUAAAUCCGCCGAACUGAGGGAUUCGCCGGGAUUUAACGCGCGCAAAAAAACCGUUUGGCUGGAUUUAGCUUAAAUCCGACUUAAAUCCCGCUGUAAAUCCGAUACCAAACAGCCCCUAAAACACCAAAUUUUUUACCGAACAUAAAAAGGAGAGAGAGGGAGAGGGAACGGGAGCGCUGGGGUUGCUGUUUACAUGGCGACCUCGCAGUCCCAGGCGGUGAAAUGCCUCAAUACCUCGACAAACGGUCGGCGUUUUGUGUUCAAGACUUUUUCUCAGCGAGUGGAGGAAAUUGAUAUCGAUGUAUUCCGUAGCCUGGAACACGUUGGGUCCGAACCCAAGGAUGGCUCUUCCUUCUUCCGGGAGGCUUUAUUAUACUGGAGAGAGCUUAACACAGCAGAGGACUUUAUAUCAUUUUAUGACGAGAUGAUGCCAUUAGUCCAAACUUUGCCUCAGAUAAUACUGCAGAAAGAGUUAAUAUUCUCGGAACUUGUUGGGAGAUUGCAAAUGGGAGCAAAGCUGUCUCUCGAACCAAUCCUAAUGUUGAUUGUUGCUUUUUCAAGGGAUGUCCUUGAAGAAUUUUUGCCUUUUUUGGAAAGGUUUGCUAGCUCUUUAACCAAUCUUCUUUCUAGCGGAGGAGAUCGUGAUCCUGAAGUCCUUGAGCAGGUCUUCACGGCUUGGUCGUAUAUCGUUAUGUAUUUGCAAAAGAAUCUUGUAAAGGAUGUUGUCAACUUCCUGAAAAUUACAGCCCAACUAAGGUACUAUCCAAAGGAUUAUGUCCAAGAAUUUAUGGCUGAGGUUGUUUCAUUUUUGUUACGGAAUGCUCCUUUAAAUCAACUUAAAAAUGGGAUCAGAAAAAUAAUAAUGGACGUGGUGAAAGGUUCAUCCGCUGCAAAGAAACUUGGGGCUGCGGCUUUAUUAUGGCAUGUUUUGAGCAGAACCUCCUCACGACUUCAUUCAAAAGCGAGGCAAGUUUUGCUAUUGUUAAUGGAAGAAUCUGUUCUAAGCGCGAGAGAUAUUCCUCAAGGUUCAGAAGCUGUACUUGAUGUUGUAAAUAGUAUUUUGCAUAGAUUCUUUGAAGAGAUAGAUCACACAGAGCAGAAGGUUGUAUUUGAAUGCUUAUUUGAGAGUAUAUAUUGUAGCAUAAAGAAGGGUUGCUUGGCUCACUUAGUUCAGUUACUGACCCUCCUAACGACUGCUGUUCGUCUUAGCAAGGGUGGCAAAUGCUUUGAUGGAGACAAAAUGAUAGAGCUUAUUAGAUUGCUCAUGCAUUCCUGCAUUGUUUCUGCGGAAAUCAUUAACUCAAGAGACUGUUCUUCUGAGGCUGCAGUGCCUGUCGUUUCUAAUAAGAUUUUGCAGUUAGUGCUUUGUCUGCUGGACAUGCCUCAAAAAAGUUCUUAUAUAUACAUAACAAUGGAAAUAGUCCCAGCAUUUAAGUUGGAACAUUCAAGUUUGCUUAUGUUUGUUAAAGGACUCGUUCAUAAGGAUCCUGAAGUUGUACUUGCCUGCAGAACUUAUAUAGUCAGUACCAUUGAUGAAAUGAUUGAGACCUCACCAGAUGAAGUCCUUGUAUUGAUACUGGAAUUUUUUGAGAGACAAUCCAGUAAUAUUCUUGAUGGAAUUCCACGGAGGACAUGCAAAUUCUUUAUUGAGACAUUAAAUUAUUGGGCUAACCUAUUAAGUGACAUUUCAACUAUCAACAGUGUCUCAGAUCUUUCGUCCAAGUUAGCUGUUUUAUGGGGAGUUAUAAGAUGCUACCCAUCUUUUGAAUGUACAGGGGGAAGUCCAUUGCUAAUCAGGAAUUUGAUUGGAAUUCUUGAUCAACUCUUGGAAGUCAAUGCUGAUAGCAUUGCAGGUGUUCCAAUGUCCGUUUGGCAAGAUCUACUUGGUGCUACUUUGAAUUCUUAUCAUAAGCUGUUAUUGCAUGAGAGUAGCGGGCCUUCAGAAGCAUACAUUUUUCUGCAUAUGGCUAAAAAACACAAAUCAUCUCCCAGAAUUUUGUCUGCUGUAGCUGAAUAUUUGGAAACUUUCUUAUGGUCAAAAGAUGAUGCUGGUGUCUCCCAGCGUAUGUUCGCUGAAGUUGACGUUGAAGAUGCUCAGGAUUCAAUCAGGAUUUUUGCAGAUAACUUAAGCCUACCUAAUAAGGAAAUUCGAAUAUCAACCCUAAGAAUUGUUUCUCAUUAUAAUUUUCCGGUUGAGCCUCCUACAAGUGAAGAUCGGCCUCUCAAGAAAGUUAAAUACGAGGAAUCUGACUCAGCUAAAGUUUUUGAAUGCAUAAAUGUCGUUGAUCUUCUACUUUCAAUCGAAGCAACUCCAAUUUCUGUGUUGACAAGUCGAAAGGUUGCCGUCUUAAUCUCCAGAUUACAGAUGGUCGUUGCAUCUGGAAAGCUACAUGAUGAUUAUGUUCCUCUAAUAUUUAAUGGGGUUAUUGGCAUCUUACAUAAUAGAUUUUCUCUUCUCUGGGAUCCUGCUUUGGAAUGUCUUACUACUUUAAUUAGAAGAUAUAGUAGAAUUGUUUGGAAUCAAUUUGUCCAGCAUCUUGAAUAUUACCAACUGAAGUCUCUGUCCGGUAACAACGCUGCGACUAAAUUGAAUUCUGAAACUCCUCAACCAAAGAGUAUACCCUCAUGCUAUGCACUAACUCUUGUCCAGUGCUUCAACAUGUAUCUAGAAUAUGAAUUUGAUAGUACACCAUGCAUAACGGUGAUGGCUCUUUUGCUUAAAACUCUUCAAAAAAUAUCUGCAAUCGCAGAAUCUCAUUCCGGCCAACUUAUCCCUCUAUUCUUGAAAUUUUUGGGCUAUACUGAUGUUGACAAAUUCAGUGUUGAAUCAUUUAGUGAGUAUAAGUGCAAAAGAAAGGAAUGGAGAUCAGUUCUCAAAGAAUGGUUGAGCUUAUUGAAACUAAUGCACAAUUCCCGAUCUUUGUAUAAAAGUCAACUUCUCAAGGAUGUUCUAAUGAGCAGGCUUCUUGAUGAAGUCGACCCUGAUAUACAGUUGAACGUUAUAGAUUGUUUAUUAAACUGGAAGGACGACUACCUCAUUCCAUAUGAUCAGCAUCUAAAAAACCUGAUCAUUUCAAGGAAUAUUCGUGAGGAACUCACUACCUGGGCUGUUUCUAAAGAGUCUGAAUAUAUUCAGGAAGAACACAGGGCUCAGUUAAUUCCUGUUGUUGUUAGAUUGUUAGCACCAAAAGUGAGGAAGAUAAAAACACUUGCAUUACAUAAGCAUGCAGGUAUGAACAUUCGAAGGGCAAUCCUUUGUUUUUUAGCACAACUUGAAGUUGAUGAUCUUCAUCUCUUCUUUUCUUUACUGUUGAAACCAUUGUUAUGGAACCAUCAUGGAGUCAAUGUUCUAGAUGGUUAUUCUGAUGGUAUAUGCAGCAGAUUUUCAGGCCAAUGGCAGUCGCUUAUACCUUUGAAUUGUUCAAUCACUGAAGCCAUUGCAAAUAUAUCAUUGAAGAGGAAAUACGGAUUCUUAUAUGUAUUAGAAGAUGUCCUUAAAACCUUUGAUGAGAUACACAUCAGGCCAUUUCUUAGGCCAUUAAUGACAUUUGUUGUCUUGAUUCUUGAGAAUUGCAUGUCAAACAUCAAAAAUGAAGUUGGCAGAAAGAUUUGUGCUUCAGAAAAAUGUGUUGCUGGGGAUUUGGAGGUUGAUGUUGCAGAAAAUUCAGCACAUAAUUUCCUUGUGAUGAGCGCAUCUGGUAAACAGUUAAAGGAUUUGCGAUCUUUAUGUUUGAAGAUUUUAUCUUCAGCUCUGAGCAAGCAUGACAGCCAUGACUUUGGUUGCGAGUUCUGGGACAUUUUCUUCAAUUCUGUAAAACCUCUAAUAGACAACUUCAAGAAUGAGGGUUCUAGCAGUGAAAAACCAAGCUCACUAUUUUCUUGCUUUCUGGUUAUGAGCCGAAGCCCUGUGCUUGUAUCAUUCUUAAAUAGGGAGGCAAAUCUUGUGCCUGCAAUCUUUUCAAUUCUUACUGUAAGGACUGCAUCUGAUGCCAUUAUAUCUUCAGUACUUGGUUUUAUAGAGAAUUUGUUGAACCUGGAAACUGAUUCUGAUCUAGAGAAUGACUCUAUAAAAGCAGUUUUCUAUCCUCAUCUUGAAGUACUUGUCAAGAAUUUUCAUGAACUUAUUCUGUCCAACGAAGAUUCACACAGGAAAUCUGCCAUUUGGCCGGGAAAGAGAGAGCUGAGGAUAUUCAAACUGAUAGCGAAGUAUGUGAAAAGUCAAUCGAUAGCUCUUCCGUUCCUGGAUAUAUUACUCCCUUUUUUCAAAAGGAAAGCUUUAGAUUUUGAUGAUUGCUUGGAAGCCUUGCAUGUUAUGAAGGGGAUCCUACAGUAUUUACCUGUCAAUGUUGAGAAGACAUCAGGGAAGAUUCUAAAGUCUAUCUUUCCAAUCCUUGCAGUUGCAGGAGUAGAUGUUCAGCUCUGCGUAUGUGAUAUUAUUGAUAGCCUUGCACUGAUUGAUCCAUCUUUAGCAUAUCUGGCUAGGCUUCUUCGUGACUUAACUGCGGUAUCUUCUAUGGAUAUUGGAGAGUUUGAUUAUGAUACAAGAAUCAGUGCAUAUGAGAAAAUUAACCCAGAGUUAUUUUCUUUUCUUGGAGUCAAUCAUGCAUUACUUAUCCUGUCGCAUUGUAUAUAUUAUAUGUCAUCUGAUGAAUUAAUCCUUCGGCAAUGUGCAUCUAAAUCAUUGCAAGCAUUUGUUCAGUUUGCUUCUUCAUAUCUAAAAACAGAUGCAAAGAAUUCUUACACACAUGAUGCUGUAUGUAAUCAAUCAUCUGGUCCAGCUGUAGAAACAAGCAUUGAAACCAAUUGGACAAAGGCCUGCAUUCUAUGGAUAAUAAGUGAUGUUCUUUUGAAGAAUAUGAAAGAAGCUUUGACAAAGGAAAUCUCCAUCCAAAAAGAAUGGAUGACUCUGUUGCGUGAUAUGAUUUAUAAUCUUCAUGAAGUUCCAGCUCUGAGCACAUUUAGACCUUUAUGUAGCGAGGAUCCUGAAGUUGAUUUUUUUAACAAUAUCCUACACCUGCAGAUACAUAGGAGGAGAAGGGCCUUGAUGCGGUUUAUAAAUGUCAUUAAUGCUGGAAAUUUCACAGAGAACAUUGCUGUAAGCAUAUUUGUUCCUCUGUUUUUAAGUAUGAUGUUUGAAGUGAAAGAUGGGAAAGGGGAGCAUAUACGAGAAGCAUGCUUGGAUUCACUUGCUUCUAUUUCAAAUAAGAUGCAAUGGGAGUCGUAUCGUUCCUUCCUAAUGAAAUGUUUCCGUGAGAUUACUGUUCGUCCAGAUAAACAGAAACUGUUAGUAAGGUUGAUAUGUGCUAUAUUGGACAAGUUUCAUUUCUUUGCUUCUAAGUCUUGUGAAAGAGAUGAAGUUGGUUCUUGUGAUGCUCUUUGUUCUGGUAAUCCUCAAGGGAAUGCAAUAGUGACAUUACAGGAUAGUACUUCUGUUAAAGCUAUUCCUGAAAUACAAUCUUAUCUUCAAAAAACAGUCCUUCCUCAAAUUCAGAAGAUCCUAACUAUGGAUUCUGAAAAGGUCAACGUUAAUAUUAGUCUUGCUGCCCUGAAGUUACUGAAACUGCUACCAUUGGAUACUAUGGACUCGCAACUAUCAAGCAUCGUUCACCACGUUUGUACAUUCCUAAAGAAUCGUCUUGAAAGCGUGAGAGAUGAAGCACGAUCUGCUUUGGCUGCAUGUGCCAAGGAGUUAGGAUUGGAAUAUUUGCAUUUUAUAAUUAAAGUCAUGCAAUCAAUUCUUAAGCGAGGGUAUGAAAUGCAUGUUUUAGGAUAUAGCUUGAAUUUCAUCUUAUCUAAGAUUCUCAUAGGAAAAUCAACAGGAAGCUUGGAUUACUGUUUAGAAGAACUCGUAUCUAUUGCUGAAAAUGACAUUUUUGGAGAUGUUGCCGAGGAGAAAGAGGUUGAAAAAAUUGCUUCAAAAAUGAAAGAGACUAGGAAAAGUAAAUCUUUUGAGACUCUCAAAUUGAUUUCACAGAGCAUUACUUUUAGAACGCAUGCUAUGAAACUGCUUUCUCCCAUACAUAAUCACAUUGAGAAGCAUCUCACACCAAAAAUAAAAAGGAAACUUGAGAUAAUAUUGUCCCAUAUUGCAUCUGGAAUUGAAAGUAAUCCAUCUGCCCAAACUGCUGAGUUAUUUAUCUUUGUUUAUGGGCUUAUUGAAGACAAUAUUGCAGCUGAGCUCUCUUACAGAAAAGAAAGGUCUGAAACUGCAGAAAAUGAAACGUCAAGCUUUGAUGUUAUUGUCAAAGAAAAACCACUUCGCAAAAGUGCUUGUUUUUUGAAAAAUUCUUAUCUCAUUACUGGAUUUGCCCUCGAAAUGCUGCAUAAUCGUUUGAAGAAUAUAAAGUUGGACAAGAACGACCAGCAGCUACUAUCAAUGUUAGACCCAUUUGUCAAACAGCUUGGUUACUGUCUGAAUUCUAAAUUUGAAAGUGUUUUGGCCGCAACAUUCAGAUGCCUUGCUCCAUUGUUUAAGCUUCCCCUGCCAUCAAUGGAUAAAGAAUCUGAUAAGAUCAAGUCAUUGCUCCUGUCUAUUGCUCAGAGAUCUGGAGAUGGAAGCAGUUCAUUGGCCCUAUCCUGUAUAAAGUUGCUUACGAUGCUAUUACGGAAUCCUAGGAUUUCAAUUUCACAUGGCGAACUUCACAUGAUCAUUCGAUUUCCAAUGUUUAUAGAUAUUCAAACAAACCCUUCCACUUUAGCACUCUCACUUUUGAAGACAAUCUUUGCACGAAAACUAGUAGUUCAUGAAAUUUAUGACAUCAUUUUGCGAGUUGCUGAACUAAUGGUCACAAGUCAGUCAGAACCAAUUCGCAGGAAAUGCAGCGAGAUACUCUUACAAUUUCUUCUCGAGUAUCAGCUCUCUGAUAAACGAUUGCAGCAACAUAUGGAUUUCCUGCUGUCAAAUCUUAGCUAUGAACAUCCAUCGGGAAGAGAGUCUGUGCUUGACAUGCUUCAUGCUAUUUUGAUUAAAUUUCCUAGGAGUGUUAUAGAUAGUCAUGUGCAGACAUUUUUCCUUCACCUGGUGGUUUCCUUAGCCAAUGAGCAGGACCAAAGGGUCCGUUCAAUGGUUUUAACUGUUCUAAAAGAACUGAUCAGUCGGACUAGUCAGCAGAUGCUGCAGCCAAUUCUAGAAUAUACCCUGUCAUGGUACUUUGGCAAGAAACAAUAUUUAUGGAGUCCAUCUGCUGAGGUUAUUGGGUUAUUGAUUGAAGUAUGGAGAGGAGGACUUAAGAGACAUAUUAUUGGUAUAAUGCAAACUGCUAGAAAUAUCUUGAAAGUUUCUGUAGAUGCAGUUGAUAUAGCAGAACUUGGAGUUUCAAAAGAACCGGUGGUUCCAUGCUGGAAAGAAGCUUAUUAUUCACUUGUUAUGAUUGAGAAGAUGUUUCUUCAAUUUUCAGAACUUUAUUUCCAAUCGGAUUUUGAGGAGAUAUGGGGAUUGAUCUGCAAAUUUUUGUUGCAUCCUCAUUUAGGGUUGCGUAACAUUUCCAGUCGGCUUGUGGCCUUGUAUUUUACUGCUGUAUCUGAAGCAUGCAAAGGUGAUAGUGAGAAAAUGAUCCAAAAGAAUCUUUUUCUUAUCAAUCCUAGCAGACUAUUUGCAGUUGCUGUUUCCUUCUUGAAGCAACUUGAGGGACAGGUCAUUGAUGAUGCGAGUGGCAAUAUGAUUACUCAAAAUCUUGCAUUUUCAAUAUGCAGUUUGCAUUCAUUUGCGAAACAUAAGAGUCUGACACCAUUGCACAAAUUAUGGUCGAUGCUUGCUGCUUGCGAGCAAAGCUCUUACCUUGAUGCUUUUGAUUUACUCGGUUCAAGAAAGGCGAAAAGGAUCUUCCUGCUUUCCACCAGUGUUACGGCCCAAUCUUCAACAGCAUCUGAGAAUGAAGACCUUCAGUCACUAUUAGUUAAACCGCUUUUGAAGAGGUUGGGAAAGAUAGCAAUGGAAAAAGAGAAUUUUCAGAUGAAAAUUGUAUUUAACUGCAUAAGAACGAUCUCCUCCCAAAUUGGCGUGGAAGGUUCCCGUGAGUAUGCUAUCUACAUAAUACUUCCAUUGUAUAAAGCUUGUGAAGGGUUUGCUGGAAAGGUCGUCGAAGAUGAGAUUAAGCAACUUGCAGAAGAAGUUCGUGAUGGUGUACGAGAUAUUUUGGGAGUUGAGAACUUCAUACAGGUCUACAAUCGGAUCAGAAAGAACCUCAAAGGGAAGAGAGACCAUAGGAGAACCCAGCAGAAGCUGAUAGCUGUAAUGAACCCCAUGCUCCAUGCCAAGAGGAAGCUUAGAGUUGCAGCCAAGCAUCGAGCAUAUAAAAGAAGGAAAUUUGAUGCAAUGAAGAUGCGUUGGAAAAGAACUUAGAAAGCUUUUUCUUUGUUCAUUCACAAUUUUGUCUUUUGCUUUGUUUUUUAGCCAUAAAUGAAAGAAAACAUUUGAUAAAAAUGAAUUUUGAAAAAUGUAAUUGGAAAUUUGUUGGAAGGUAAUUUAUGGAGGAGUUAUGGUGUGGAGCUCGAUUAUUUUCA